AUGUUUGAAUUGAGAGAAGGCUCUUGCUUUCCAAGGGUCUUGGUGGGUGUGAAUGUGGGUCUUGCUCUCGUUGAUGGCAUUAUAGCUGUUCUUGCAUUUGUCAGAAUUCACUCAAGGAAUUCACAACUUGGCUGGACUCGCCAAAAAGUUUUUCAUCUGUUGAUUGGCUCUUCUAAUUUGGGUUGCUUAGUUUAUUUUGUAUUAACUCUUUUUGCUGCUUGCAAGGGGUGGCAAUGUUGGUCUAACUCUUGUGGUUUUAGCCUCAUGGCAUUACCCAAAAUUCUGUUUUUUGCUGCAUUUCUUCUACUUUUAUCAUUCUGGGUUGACCUGUGCCAUCAGGCAGAUGAUGAGGAUGAGGAGGAUGAAGGGAGUUUUCAUGAAGCUUUGUUGGAGAAGACAUUUAGCAAACGGAAUUCAAUGGAAACAGAUAGUCAUAGAAACUGUUUUCCUCUGCGUUUUGUUCAUAUUGGAAGCCGCCAGAGAAUUGUAAUUCUGGUUACCGUGGUAGUUUUUGUUAUAAUGGUGGCAUGUGCAGUGAUAAUCUGGAUUGGGAUGGGAAAAAAUCCUAUUGAUUCUGCAGUGGUGGCUCGGGUAUACGUAGAUCUCUUUGCAAUAGCAAUACUAUUGUUAGGAGGAGCAUUAGCAUGUUACGGAGUCCUAUUAUGCUUGAGAAUGAGAAAAGUUAGAUCUGAGAGAGCUUCUUCUGAGAUGUGGAAGGUUGCAGGUUUAUCUGUUGUUUCCAUUCUAUGUUUCGCCUCAAGCGCCUUUGUGGCUCUAUUAACUGAUAUUCCUAUGCUUUACCAUUGGCAUCAACAGCGUUUGAAUGAUGUUUAUACUUCUCUUUUACUGAUUUUAUAUUAUUUUGUAGGUUCAUCAAUACCCUCAGCAUUUGUACUAUGGAUCAUGAGAGAAUUACCUCCCUCGAUAACAGCCAACAUACGAGAAGAACCAACUACAUUAACUUUCGUCAGUGAUGGUUCCACAUCAUUACAACAUCCUCAGAGCUGGACUACUGCAAUGAGCUUGCGGAACCAGUACUUUGAUGUGCUGCUUCGUUCUGCAUAUAUGGCAUCAGAUGAUUCCUUUUCAUUGUGCAAUUCCUCAAAAGAAAAGAAAAAUGAAACAACGUAUUAUUUCAAAAUGAACUCAGAGACAAUUCCUUAG